AUGGAGCUCAAUUCAGAGGAUAACAUUCUCAUGGAGAAGGUUUUGCCUCCUGAUGAGCAGGAGACUGAUGUUGAUUUGUUUCCCUUGUACUUGGAGACUGAUGGUCUAAAUAAGCCAUGUGAUGACAUAACUCACCCAGAUCUUGGCCCUUACAAACUUGAUUUUACUGCAAGUGGUCGGCAUAUGCUACUUGGUGGUCGCAAAGGCCACAUUGCUCUUGUAGACAUGUUGGAUAUUAAGUUAAUUAAAGAGAUCCUGGUAAGAGAAAGAGUACGUGAUGUUGCAUUCCUACACAAUGACCAAUUCUUUGCAGCUGCGCAGAAGAAGUAUGCUUAUAUUUAUGGGAGUGAAGGAACUGAGCUGCAUUGUCUAAAGGAACAUGGUCCAGUGGCCAGACUUGGGUUCCUAAUGAACCAUUUACUGCUUGCGUCAGUAAACAAAAUCGGGCAGCUACAUUAUCAAGACGUAACACAUGGUGGCAUGGUGGCUAGUAUCCAAACAGGUAAAGGCCAAACAGAUGUAAUGGAAGUGAAUGCUUACAAUGGUGUUGUUGCAUUGGGACAUUCUGGUGGAACCGUCACAAUGUGGAAACCCACAAGACAAGAACCUCUAGUCCACAAGCAGUGUCACACUGGUCCAGUCUCAUCUGUCGCGUUUCAUCCAAAUGGCCAUCUCAUGACUACAUCUGGUAAAGAAGGCAAAGUCAAGAUCUGGGAUUUGCGUAAAUUCGAGCAAGUUGAGACGACAAUUCACGGUUUCCAUGCCAAAACGCUGAGUUUCAGUCAAAAAGGGUUGCUAGCAGCUGGAAAUGGAUAUUUUGUUCAGGUUUUGAGAGAUUCGAGUGGUGGAUCUUCACAUAACUAUACUAGAUACAUGAACCACUCGAUGUGGAAAGAUUACAAGAUGGAGAAGCUUAUGUUCAGGCCAUAUGAGGAUGUUCUCGGAAUUGGUCACUCGAUGGGUUGGUCUAGCAUUCUAAUUCCAGGGUCUGGAGAAGCCAAUUUCCUUUAA